AUGGCGUCGCGGCGGGGGCUGGUCUGGCUCCACGCGGCGGUUGAGGCGCGGGCGUCGGGCAAGGUCUACCUCACGGCGGUGUGUCCGAGCCACGGUGCGCUGGAGACGCUCGUAUGCUCGGACGCAGGCUUUUUCCGGCGGAUCAUGGCGUCGGCCACGGCAGCCGUCCCGCGGGCGGUGUUGGCCAAGCCAACGGUCGACGUGGAGGACCUCGACGCGCUGCUCUCGCCCGCGGGCUCCCGGGCGGCGGCGCCGCUCACCCUCGACACCUCGCCGCGGGCGUUGCCCGCCUCAUGGCCGAGGUUCCUGGCGGGCGGUCGGUCGUGCUCAAGCUGCGCGCGCUGGGCGCCUCGCGCGUCCGCCCGCUCAACGACGCCGCCGCCGCCGUCGCCGCCCUCUUUGCACCCGGCGGGCCGCACGCCGACGCCCACGGCGCUACGGCACUGCUCCUCGAGCUGGCCCCACGACCGGCUUGCUGCUAUUGCUGCCCUCGAUGACUCGGUCCUUCUCCGGCCGCGGGUCCACCCGACCGUCUCGCACUACCUCGCCAAGGGCAAGGAGCAGCAGGCGCUCGCCGAGCUCGACGCCCUCCUCGCCACCCUCUCUACCAUCUCGGACAUCGGGCUCAUUCUGCAUGUUGUCGUCGAUGCGCCGCCGGCGACCCCGCGCCUUGACGGCCUUCUUGCCCUCUUCCGUGCCCAUCCGGGCCUUGCCCGCAUGCUCAUCCUCUCGCAGGAGCGCGCGCCCAAGGCACUGGUCGGCCGGCUCACCCGGGCCAAGCGCAACAUCUCGUCGCCUGCCCGCGCCUCGCCACGCCGGCCCCCCGCGCGCGAGCACCUUGUCCUCUCGCCGUCGUCUGACGCCGGCCCAUCCGAGUCGGGCUCGCCCGCCGCGCCGGCGCCGCCGGCCUCGCCCGCCGCCCUCGACGACUCGCUCCCGGUCCCCGAGUCGCAGCUCCGGUCGCCGACCCAAGUCACCGUCCAGGCCCGCCCGACCAGCUGCGGCUCGGUUGAUCCGCUGCCGCUCCUCCGCGCGCUCGGGGCUGCUACUGCCGGCGAGCUCGCCGUCGACGACUUUGUCCCGCUCUCGCACGCUGCUGUGCUGGAGCAGCUGCUCAAGUCGCUCGGCUUUGGCUGGUACAACAUCCGCCCCUCGCCCUUUUGCGCCUUUGCUUCUGUCAUUGUCAACGGCGGCCAGUUUGACUCGGUUCCGCUCUCGCGCAUUGUCGACGUCGAGGCGCUCCACGCCGGCCUCCUUCCCGAGGCACGCCGGCUCGAGGCCGGCGAGAGUCUCGGCCUCUUUAUGUCGCGCCGUAUUCGCAAGGCCAUCAAAGCUGCCCAGCUCUACCCGCUCCCGGACAUCCUCUCCUAUCUCGCGGCCGACUCGGGACCGAAGGCCGACGCCGCCAACGCCGUCCUCGCCAACCUCCAGCUUGUAGUCGUUCACAACAUGAUGGACCUCGCGUCCAUGGACCUAGAGCGGCGCUGCUCCUGCGCCGCCGUGACUGAAGCCCGCGGUGGCGGCGUGGUGGCCACUUGCGGCGGCGGCUGCAUCUAG